CAAACCGCAGCAUCCCGUUAUGCUAGGCUAGGAGGCCAGCGUCUAUUAGGGCAAUGUAGGUCAGGGUAGCGGGGCCGUCCGUCGGAAUUGGGGCGGGAUGCAUCUGCCCAAGAAGUGUUCGGCCUUUCGCGUGGUCCUGGGUGCGCUGCUUCUGGUGGCGCUGCUCCAGCUCCUCUACCUGUCCUUCCUGUCAAAGUUCCACGGUAAGCAGCAGCGUUCCCGUUACUCGGAGCUCUUCCCGGGCUCCGGCCCAGGCGGCGGUGGCGCGGCUCACUCCUCCGAAAAGAACUCCCGUAAAGAGCGUCUGAGGUACUCCCUCUCUAGCGGAGGUAUUUUUGACCACAGCGGCCAGUACCGCGUCUACAAGAACCUAAUCCAAAGCGACUGGACGGGUCCCAACGUUCUGACAUUGGCCACCCACACGAGUCUGAGCAAUUUGCACCACCUGUCGGAUCUGGCGGAGAGGUGGCGCAACCCGAUUUCGGUGGCCGUCUUCGCGCACGGCCAGGACGUUCGCCUGGCCACGGCGCUGUUGUACGCGCUCGGCGUCCUGUGCCCUCGCGUCCAGGCCUUGGUGGACUUCCACCUGGUCUGCCUCUCGGGGGAAACGGCCAGCUUCCCCCAACAGGACCACCUGCACUUUGCCGGUCUGGACGACUGCGCAGCUGUCUUCUCCCGUCUGGAGGCCCACAGGAGCCGCUAUGAGAACUACGCCUUGGGCGUCAACGUCUCCUAUCCUAACAACCUCCUUCGCAACGUGGCCCGAGGGGGCACAGAGGCCUCCUACGUCCUGGUGAUUGACAUAGACACCGUGCCCUCUGCAGACCUGCACCAGCAGUUCUCGGCCAUGGUGGCCGGGCGCCAGCCUGCCCCGGACCGGGUUUUCGUCCUGCCGGCCUUCGAGAUCCGCCACACCAGGAAGAUGCCGGCCACCAAGGCCGAGCUUGUGCGGCUGUACCAGGUGGGUGAGGUGCGACCUUUCUACGAGGAGCUGUGUCCUCGCUGCCAGGCCCCCAGCAACUAUUCCCGCUGGGUCAACGGCCACGUGAGCGAGCCCCCCGGCGCCCUGGAGGUGGCCUACACGCUGACUUGGGUGGAUCCCUGGGAGCCGUUUUACAUCGGCCCGCGCGACGUGCCCCUCUAUGACGAGAACUUCAAGCAGUACGGCUUCAAUCGCAUCAGCCAGGCCUGCGAACUCCAUGUGGCCGGCUACGAGUUCUCCGUGCUGAGCUCGGCCUUCCUGGUCCACCGCGGCUUCAAGGUCCAGGGCGAGUUCCACGCCAAGAAGGACGAAGAGAACAAGCGCAACCGGCUCCUGUUUCGUAGCUUCAAAGAAGCUCUGAAGAGCAAAUAUCCAACAUCCAGCAGGCGAUGCUAGAACAAAACCAAAAAAAAAGCAUUGCCUUAAGGUACUUCCAUCCCUCUCUACUCCAGCUCAUCAUCUCAACACUGCUUAGUCAGUCAGUGAUACUGACAAUGACCCCUAGAUGGCAGCAAUCAGCCCUUAGAGCUGGUUGAUCCUACUUCUGACUGCUGUUUUGAUGCUACAAUGUAAAUAUAUUUAUUGUGAAUUAGGAGAUUAGACACCCGAUUUCUCAUUCGUUGAGCUUUGUGUUGUUGCACUUGUUAGCAAAGCAGCUUUUCUGGUUUGUGUUUUGAUUUUCUGCAACAUGAAUGACGUUGCUACAACCACCAUUACGUGGAACUUUACUUGUUUUUACUGACUAAAAAAAACAAACGUUUACAGAACUUUAGAUGGAAACGUCCUGGAUUUUGUUCAACUUUAGUGACCGGUCCCUGGAACCAAGGGUUUGCAUAUGUACGGUAGGGACAUAACACUAGCAACUUUUCAGGAUGCUCAAAUUUUCUCCAACUUUUAAGCAACCUUAUUUGCGUUUACAACCCCUAGCAAAAAGUAUGGAAUCACCAGUCUCGGACGAGCACUCACUCAGACAUUUUAUUAUGUAGAAAAACUCAGAAUUAGUUAAAAGUCCAACUCUUUAGCAUUCAGAAACACUAAAACAUAGACUAAAAAACAUUGUGGUGGUCAGUAAAUGUUACUUUUAUAGAGCAAGUGCAAGGAAAUAAAUAUAGAAUCACUCCAUUCUGAUGAAGAAUAUAUGGAAUCAUUAGAAACAAACAAAGAAAUAAUAAUCAAAACACAUCUCUAGGUUUUAGUUGCACCACCUCUGGUUUUUAUGACAGCUUGCAGUCUCUGAGGCAUGGACUUGAGUGACAAACACUAUUCUUCAUCAAUUUGGUGCCAUCUCUCUUUGAUUGGAGUUGCUAGAUCAUCCUUGCAGGUCGGAGUCUUGUUGUGGACCAUUUUUUCCCCCCAAUUUCUGGGCUAUUUGCAGGCUGGAUGAGUCUUUCUCCAAGGAAUGCUUUCACAGUUUUUGCUCUGUGGCAUGAUGCAUUGCCAUCUUGGAAAAUGACAAACAUAUUUUCAAAUAAAGGGAUAAGAAAGUUGUCUAAAA